AUGUACUCGGACACGAGGAGUCGUGUCGCUCACGUUACGCUCGACACAUUCCAACGCAGCUGCCACAAUUCAAGCUCAUGUCCUCCGGACAGUUACAUCAAUCUUACCAUCUUUCGAGGCGGAACCGGAAGAAUGGCCGCAUCUCAGGAACUUGACAUUAGCCGAUCCAGAUUUUCUCACCUCUCGGCCAAUGGCUCGUUCUUGGACCAGUCAACUAACGAGCAGAGGUGCGAGAAGCACUUCAAGACUACACACUCUCGUGAUUCUUCAGAGAGGUACAUCGUCAGGAUUCUACUCAACUCACCAGUAGAUCUUUUGGGUGAUUCUUACAACGUCGCUCAUCAAUGUCUGAAGGGAUUACGCAGACGAUUCUCAACGGAUGUGAAUUAUCAACGUCUCUAUCAACAAUUCAUGAUUGAUUACGAGACACUCAACCACAUGACGAAGGCAUCAUCCAUCUCUAGUCAUCGCUCACAUUUUCACCUGCCACAUCACGGUGUUCUCAAGCCUGACAGUAUUACAACGAAACUACGGGUAGUUUGUAAUGGCUCUAGCGCAUCCACAUCAGGCGACUCGGUCAACGACUUCAUGUACACUGGAGCAAAGCUACAUCUGAACAUUUCAGAUGUUCUACCAUGGAUACGUAGACAUCGUUACAUUUUCGCUACGGACAUCACCAAAAUGGACAGACCGAUUCAAAUUCACAAGGAUGACUGGGAGUUACAGCGGAUACUCUGGAUGGACAAUCAGCUCAAUGAGGUGCCAUAUCAUUCAACAACGGUUACCUACGGGACGAAGGUCGCACCAUUCUCAGCCGUACGGACCUUGUUGCAAUUAGCAGAAGACGAAGGACAUAAUACCGUGCAACAAUUACAGGAGGUUGCACCUCAACUAAGGGACCUCUGCAUGGCGGGCGGCUUCCCACUGGCAAAGUGGCAUGCAACUCAUCUCGACAUACUCAAGACUGUCACCGACAGCGAAGACCAAGGCUUACCAAUCACAUUCGACGAUUGCGCAACCAAGAAACUCGGACUCAAAUGGCUCCCUCAAGAAGAUACCUUUGCAUUCUCAACCCGAAGCUCACGCUCGGAAGGCAGACUCACAAAACGCCUCGUCUUAUCUGAAGUGGCUCAGAUACUCGAUCCACUUGGUUUUGCAUCACCCGUAGUGAUCAAGGCCAAAAUUCUCUUGCAGGAGCUGUGGCUGCACAAGCUCCAAUGGGAUGACCCACGGACAUCCCAGCUCUCAACCCGGUGGCUCAUCCACAGAGAAGAACUCACAAGCUCGGCCGAGCUCUCGAUACCUAGAUGGUUCAACACCUGGAGCAACUCUUCUUUGGAACUGCACGACUUCUCUGACGGUUCUCAAUUGACAAUGAUUGCAGUCGUAUACAUCUCCGUUCACGACUCAACUGGAUCCACGUUUUCACUUGUGUGCUCCAAAACUAAGGUAGCACCUCUCAAGCGGCUCUCAAUCCCGCGACUGGAACUCACGGCUGCUCUACUGCUCUCUCGACUCAUGCAAUACGUCAAAGCCACUUUGAACAUGGACGUAACGGCAACUCACAUGUGGACGGAAUCUCUAGUGACACUUUCAUGGAUCACCUCUGUGAAAGGUUCAUGGAUCAGAUCUCAUGCAUCACGCUGGAAGAAUUUUGUCAGAAACAGGGUGGCUCAAAUUGAAGAACUCACUCCAGCUGCUCACUGGAGAUACAUACCUGGAAGUUCCAAUCCGGCUGAUGGCGCAUCACGAGGCCUCACGACUGCUCAACUUCAAAACCACUCGCUUUGA